CAAAAGCGGAAACAAAAGAGUCUCGCCGGCGUCGCCGCCCGCACACUCGCGCACACUCGCGCUCCGGCGCACACGGAACAGGCACCCGCGCCUGGAGCGAGCCAGCAAGCAGCGAGCAGCGAGCCGGGGACCCCCGGGCUGAGCCAGCAGAGCAGCCAGCGAGUCGAGCCCGCGACGACCCUACGCCCCCGCGCCCCGUAGCUGCCCCCAGCCGGCCGGUGUCCCCGCUGCCCUCCCUGACCCAUGGCGCUGAAGAGGAUUCAGAAAGAAUUAAGUGAUCUACAACGUGACCCACCUGCUCAUUGUUCAGCUGGACCUGUGGGAGAUGACUUGUUCCACUGGCAAGCAACUAUUAUGGGACCUCCUGAUAGCGCCUAUCAAGGUGGAGUCUUCUUUCUCACCGUACAUUUUCCAACAGACUAUCCUUUUAAGCCACCAAAGAUUGCUUUCACAACAAAAAUUUACCAUCCAAACAUAAACAGUAAUGGAAGUAUUUGUCUUGAUAUCCUGAGGUCACAAUGGUCACCAGCUCUGACUGUAUCAAAAGUUUUAUUGUCCAUAUGUUCUCUACUUUGUGAUCCUAAUCCAGAUGACCCCUUAGUACCAGAUAUCGCACAAAUCUAUAAAUCAGACAAAGAAAAUAUGCCUACAGAUACAACAGACAUGCAAGAGAAUGGACUCAGAAAUAUGCAAUGUAAAAUCAGAAAAAAUUUCAUAUAUACCAGAGUACUGUAAAAUCUAGGUUUUUUUCAACAUUAGCAGUAAAUUGAGCACUGUUUACUGUUUCAUUGUACCAUGAAAUCCUUUGAUUUUUACCCAUUUUACAUGUAUUUCUGAAGCAAGACAAAACAAACUUCCAAAAAUACCCUUAAGACUGUGAUGAGAGCAUUUGUCAUUUUGUAUGCAUUGAGAAAGACAUUUAUUAUGGUUUUUAAGAUACUUGGACAUCUGCAUCUUCAGCUUACAAGAUCUGCAAUGCAUCAGAAAAGCAACCAAAUUAUUUUUUGCUGAAACUAGAUGUUUUUACAUGAGAAAUACUGUAUGUGUUGUCUAAGAUGUCAUCAGUUUUAUAAAUCUGUAUUCAGAUUUCGUUCUUUGUUAGCUCACUUUAUAAUUUGUAUUUUUUUACUGUAUAGACUAAAUAUAUUCUAUUUACAUGUGUGUCAACUCAUUACCUUUUUCCUGUGAACAGUAUUGAAAAAACCCAACAGCUGGUAAUUAAAUGAAUUAACUGUCUGUCUCCCUUGUCUUAGGGUAUUCGGUAGAUUGAUUGCAGAUUUCUUAAACCUGAAAGGAUCUUUACACUGUAAUUCUCAGUAUCCUGAUUAUGGAGAAACACUUGUUUUGAUUUUGUUAUACUUGACUUAACUUUAUUGCAAUGUGAAUUAAUUGCACUGCUAAGUAGGAAGAUGUGUAACUUUUAUUUGUUGCUAUUCACAUUUGAGUUUUUUUUCUGUAUAGGCAAUAUUAUAUUGACACCUUUUACAGAUAUUAAUGUAGCUUUUUCCAUAUAAAUAAAAUGCUUUUUCUACUA